UACUUUUUAGUUUUUAUUAAUUUACGUUAUUUUCAUUGAAUAUUCUAACCAUAGAAAAAAAAAUUAAAAAUUUGAACUGUUGAUAUUCAGCACCGUACGGCGUACUCCAUUAGCAAUCUAAAUAUUUUAAACCAGUCAUUACCAUGAGUUCUGACAAAAUUGACUAUCCAAAAGCGUCCAAACUAAUUAGUGAUGCUGGUGUUAUCAUUUAUAUUGGAGGAUUUCUUUUGAUCAUUGCAUUUAUAAGCCCUUAUUGGUUGGAAUCAUAUGAUGAAGCGUUCAUAAAUUUUAAGCACAUGGGUUUAUGGACAUAUUGUUUUGAUCACUUCCGAUACCCUCAUUAUCAAUUUGAUAAACUCUUUGAUGGUUGCAAUACAGUUUUUAGUGAAGAAUAUUAUGUUAUUCGAGAAUGGUUAUUACCAGGAUGGCUAUUGUUUUUGGAACUUUGUAUGACUUUAGCAAUAUUGUUAUCACUUGGAACAUUAGCAAUGAUUGCUGCUGUUAUAACCAGAUAUCCACAACGUCUUGUUCUUAAAUAUGAAUACAUGCUAUCGGCUGCAUGUUUCUUAGCAGCUAUAACUUCUUCUAUAUUAAUAUUCUUUACUGUAAUCCUGUUUCCAUUCAACUGUUGGAGACGUGAUUGGCUCAUAUAUCCUGUGUAUAACCACUUAUCAUGGUCAUAUUAUAUUGCUAUUAUAUCAGGUUUUGUCCAUGCAUAUGGAGCAUGGUAUUUAUAUAAGGAUGCACGAAUUGCUUAUGAUCAAAGAAGAGAGAGCAAAAAUUUAGUAAUGCAAAUGUAUCCUCCUCAUGAACGUAACUUCUAUGAUCAAUAAAACUUUUAAUAAUUUAUUUUCUUAAGUUAUUUUUAAUAAAAAAACUAAUCCGUCCAUUAGAAAUAUAACAAUCUGUCCAUUAAUAUUAACUGUAUAAUUUUAUAUUUAAUGAUCUAUAAUUGUAUAUUAUUGUGAAAAUUCAUCUCAUCUAAAAAAUUAUUAUAAUGAAUAAGUGAUAAUAUUAUGUUUUGUUAUUUUUUUUAUUUUAUUAAGAAAACUUACCAAAUGUAUGGUUCAUGUCUUACUACUAAUGCAUAACAUAACAUAACAAAUGUUAUUUUGUUCAGAAUAACCCAUUUUACUUUAAUACAAUUAAUUUAAAGGUAAAAAUAAUGUCCAGGGCUUCUGAUCAAUUUAGUAUGUUAUGCAUUAGUAAGAUAAAGACAACUCAUUCAGGUACAAUGUCCACUCAAGAAAAUUUAUUUUAAAUUUAAUUUUAUACUAGAAAAUUUAAAUGACUAAAUGAUCUUUUUGUUUUAAAA